AUGAGCGUGAAUCUUCAGAAAAAAUGGCGGAAUAUACGAGAUUGUUUUGUAAAGGCCCACAAAGCAAAGGAGAAUAAAAGUGGUUCUGAAGCAAAAAAAAAAUGCCCCUACGUUUUCUACGACAACCUUUUAUUUUUAAAAGAUACGGUGUCGGUUAAUUUAAUAAGUUCAAAUAUUACUUCCAAUAUAGAAACACAUAAUGAAGAUGAAAUUGUAGAAGGUCAACGUACAGCUGCUCAUCCUUCAGAUUCUUCGUGGGUACCAAAACGAAACAAAAAAAAUAAAAAUGAUGACAUUGGUAGAGAGUUGAUAGGAAUUUUAAACAAAAAUUUAGAAACUAAAAAUGUUGGAGAGGACGAAGAUCGUCUUUUUUUCAUGUCUUUGGUAAAAGACUUUAAAAAAAUACCAGAACACUUGCGCAUGCAAACGAAAUUGGACGUUUUAAAGGUCAUUCAAGACGCUCAGAGGCAAAAUUAUCCAAAUACAUGGGACUGGAAUACUCAAAAUAAUGCACAUCGUGGACCUUAUUCGGCACAAAUGAGACACCAUCCUUACAACCAUACGCCUAUUCACAUAUCUAUACCUGCAACCACCCCACAUCACGAAACUGCCAUAAAUAAUACACUAUCACCUCUCUCAAAUGCAGACUCAACGAACACAUACCAAUCUCAUGAAAGUGAAACUUCUUAUAUUGACCUUUUUAAUUCAAUUCCAUAAGACAAUGAUAUGUUAAUUAUAAUGAUAAUACUUAAGUAAAAUAUGUUAAAAUAAUA